UCAGUUUUUUCUCGCUUGCUCAUUUGUCAGGCUCACCAUUUUCUUUCCGCUUUCGAGUUUUUCGGGUAGCUUUGUUUGCUCAUCUUUAUCUCUGCACGAUAUUCCUCCCGACUAACUGCGCUUUAACCUGGACUUGAUUGCUUAGGUUACUGAAUUUCGAUCUUUUCUCGCUCACCGCACAAUGGAUUGUGGAAAGCGCCGUCGCAUCAGCCUGGCAUCGCUGCAGGAAAUGUCGCGGGAGCAUGCGCUCAGGCUGAACCAUCGCUACGACUGCGUGGAUGUGUGGAGCGACGAGGGCCCGCUGCAGUUCGGGCGGGUGGUGGACGCGGGCUCAGACGGCCUGUUUAUCGAUUUCCUUUGCCCGGGUCGGCGCCGCCACUUCGUCCUCUUCGGGCGCAGACAAUUAGCGUCGGUUUACACACUACGGAGUUUAGAGAUGAACAAAGCAGAAAAGAUUAUCAACUGGAAAUACCGUGGGUCGUUCGCAUUAAGCCUGGUUGUACGAGCACCACCAACCUACGUAUCGCGGUAUCUGUACUCAUGUAGACUGUAGCUGUAAGAGCAACAAAACGAAUACUGGAAGUACAGUACUGUAACUGCAUACG